GUCGCCUGUAAGCAAGCCUCGGGCACCUCGGUAUGGAGUAUAUACCCGAUGUCCUGUACAUCUGCGACUAUAGCAGCCUACAUACAGCUGUUUCGGUCUAUUUACAUCAGCCAGAACGUCUGCCUUUCGCCAUGGGAUACUUGAUGUGGUGCCUCGGCCUGGUACUAGGCCUGAGUCUCAAAAAUCUACCUUUCAUGUGGCAUGUAAGCUCCGAAUGAAAGUUCCUUCCUCCUCCCUUGAAUCGACACUAAACUUCUAGUU